UCGCCCCGCACAAUGAUGGCGGCCGAGGUCCUUGGAGAACGAUUUCUGGAUUGGACAAUCAGAACACGACCCGCCUUCCAGUGGGACCUCCACACGCAUGCGCACGACAUUCUCACCAAUGAGAUGACAGAAAGCCAUUCACGUGGUCCCAGUGACGUCCGGUCCUCCGCCCCUGUUUCAAGGGAUAAGAAACCCUGCGCCAAGUUUUCUUCCUUUCCCAGGCGGCUGCCGAAGAUGGCGGAGGGGCAGGUCCUGGUGCUCGAUGGCCGAGGCCAUCUCCUGGGCCGCCUGGCGGCCAUCGUGGCCAAGCAGGUGCUGCUGGGCCGGAAGGUGGUGGUGGUGCGCUGUGAGGGCAUCAACAUUUCUGGCAACUUCUACAGAAACAAACUGAAGUACCUGGCCUUCCUCCGGAAGCGGAUGAACACCAACCCGUCUCGCGGUCCUUACCACUUUCGAGCCCCCAGCCGCAUCUUUUGGCGAACCGUGCGAGGUAUGCUGCCCCACAAGACCAAGCGAGGCCAGGCCGCCUUGGACCGCCUCAAGGUGUUUGAUGGGAUCCCGCCGCCCUAUGACAAGAAAAAGCGAAUGGUGGUCCCUGCGGCCCUCAAGGUGGUACGUCUGAAGCCCACACGGAAGUUUGCCUACCUAGGGCGCCUGGCCCAUGAGGUCGGCUGGAAGUACCAGGCAGUGACAGCCACUCUGGAGGAAAAGAGGAAGGAGAAGGCCAAGAUCCAUUACAGGAAGAAAAAGCAGCUCAUGAGGCUGCGGAAACAGGCCGAAAAGAACUUGGAGAAGAAAAUUGACACGUACACACAGGUCCUCAAGACCCAUGGACUCCUAGUCUGAGCCCAAUAAAAUUGACUGUUAAUUCCUCA